ACGGUUCAGCUCACACACUAAUGUCGACGUCACAACUGGCACAACUUUGUUUUUUUCUGUUGAAAUCGCAGUUACUCAGUAGAAUUGUUGUUAAAUGAUCAUCUAUUGGAGUGUGUAGGAUUAUUACACGUUUUAACUAAUUACAUCGCAGUCCCCACUGCUAAAAAUCAAUGCAAUGUUGCAGUCGGAACCAUCGCCAACGAUGAAUGCGCAGUCCCGGACAGGAGUAGUCGAUGUACGUAUGGCGUCCGCGUUAGCGUCUAGCGGUGACGUUAACGCCCUUUAAAAUCUUCUUCCCUUUCUGAGAUUUACGUGUUUACCACAUCAUUUUAAAAGGUGUGGCGAAGUGUCCCACAUGGGCUCCCGUUUCGACCCCAAAGAAACGAAGAUAUAUGAUUAAAUCAACUCAAGGACAACUGAGCCGCUGCCGAGAACAGAAACGUCUUCGUUGGACCGGACAUCCGCCAGCGUCUCUCACCGGUCUUGGGAUUCGUACCAGCACGAUAAUGUGAUCCAAGCUCCACAAUGUCCUGGUCCCGCUGUGUCCCUCCAUUGGGGCUGCUGAGAUGCAUCCAGCAGCAGCAGAUCCUCCUCCUCCGCCCCAUCAGUCCUCUCUCUGUGCCCAGCAGAGCCAUGAUCCCGGGCCAGUACAGGCGGCCCGGUGAGCCCAGAGAAGACGAUCCUCCGUGGAAGAAGAUCAACUUCAGCUUCUCCAAAGGUUUAGAAGGCAUCAAGAAGCACUUCACCCUGUUGAAGAAGGAGUUCUUUGAGAGGUGGGUGGGUCCGCAGGGUAAGCCUCUGAUCGAGCACAUGCUGGAGCAGAACCAAGUGGUUUGGGAGUUUCGAGGCGCCGAGAGCCUGGACCAGUGGAUCGUGUCAUCUGAUCGUGAGAUCGGAGGCCAGAGCGAGGCCCACUUAAAGGUGGGCAAAAACAACAGCACCUGUUUGCUCUACGGGACCCUGAGAUCCACGCCCCCCAGGGACGGAGAAACACGCUACAGCGGAUACUGCAGCAUGCGGUCCAAGCAGCCCCUGGUGUCUUUUGACAGAAAGAAACAUUACGACUGGUCCAGUUUCAACACGCUGCACCUCAGAGUGCGCGGCGACGGGCGACCGUGGAUGAUCAACAUCGCCGCAGAAACCUACUUCUCCCACCAGAAGGACGACAUUUACAACUACUUCCUGUACACCAGGGGAGGACCCUACUGGCAGGAUGUCAAGGUUCCCUUUUCCAAGUUCUUCCUCACACAUCGUGGAAGAAUUCAUGAUCAUCAGUACUGUCUGUGGUUGGACAAGAUCAACACCAUCGGGUUUACACUGGCAGAUAAAGCCGACGGCCCCUUCCAGCUGGAGAUCGAUUACAUUGGCGUCUGCAAAGAUUACGCGCACACGUCCGACUUCGACUACGAGCUGCACAAGAGGAACCCUGAAGUUCUCUGAGGAGCAGCAUACCCGCAUAUUUGCAUUCCACCUUUCCGGCCUUGUGAAACCUGUUUUUUUGCACUUAUUUUACUCCAAAGGGGGAAGUUUGUGCUCUUUGGGCCAGUGAAUAAAAUGCAAACCCUUACACAGUGGCCAGGAUCUCAGAACAGGAUGGAGCUUGACUAACUUUUCUUCACACUUUGCUAGGAAAUCCUCAAACUAACACCUGCGCUUGUGGUCAGGAAACACGUACGCAGUUCCAGUUGUGUUACUGAAAGAUAUUUUUGUUUUUUUACACGAUCAGACUGUUUUUAGCGGCCGUGUCAACACGUUUAGUUCAGGAGGGGGUGGGUUGGUGUUGGCGAGGAGAUUCUGCCACGAUUGAGCGGUCCGUCAGGGAAAUACUUCCCCAUACAAACAUUCCUUCUCAUGAUGACAGCAGUUUGUACGUGUCCAUUUCAGCAACAUUCCACGGUACUGUAGACUCCAGUUUUGAUUGGCUAAUUACGUCAACCUCCACACAUGGCAUCGAUCCUUCCAACGACAAACGGCACUCGUGUCAAAUCCGGUCUUUUUAUUUCAAAACAAGAUAAGAGCAUCUUUUGACUUUGCCAAAAUGUCCCAACAAAGCACGUUAAGAUCAAAGUACAUCACCCAAAGCUCUAAAAAUACUUAACGAGCGCCCCUUACCGGGCGAGACUCGACUCAAAGCACCAACAGGAAAGUAUUUACAACAACACGACUGCAAGAACAGCAUUCACAUCAUCACCAGGCCUCUUCUUGCACAGAGCAUGUUGGAUUUCUUCUGCUUGCGAUCUUCUGCGUGUUUGGCUUGCCUGUCUUCCCUUCAAAACCAAUCAGGCGGACAUCAUUAACCGCAUCAGGACCACCUUUUUUUAGCCUUUCAGCCUCACACCCACCUCGUCUGCACUUGGCGCUGCUUGUACUUUCUCUGAUGCAAGGCGUUGGCGGUUUUGUCGUCUUUCCCGUCUCCAAACGGCUUCAGCUUGCCUAGCGGCGGGAAAUAAACAAACAAAGAAACAAGCGAGCCAAUGAAUGGAAGGCUAUUCAUGGAUAAAGCCCAGAUGUCUGCUACCUGUGUGAGGCUUGUAUGGCAACGGGCGAGACAGGCUGGCCUUCAGGUCAAACGUGGGCUUUUUCUGUGUUACCGGUGUGACGCUGCUCGUGUUUCCCGUGAAAACGAAUGUUGCUUUUGGAGACAAAAGGAUCAGUUAUUUUGAAAAGAACAUUUUAAACUGGACUGCUCAGGUUGUCUUAGCAGAGCAGGCUUCAUCACUUCAUGCUCAAUGACGAGAUUGGACAGCUCUGGUCUGAUGGGAUGGUGCAGGAUCCAAAGUACGUAUCCUCUAACCUACGUUUGAAAAAAUAUCCAGCAAGGAAACAAAACAAAUCUUCAAAAGUGUGAAGUCAUUUUACAUCACAACAUGAGGGAAAGUAACGGCAUUUUUUUUGUUUGCAUAACGUUUACGUUUCAAGUUAUUUUUGCUACAGUUAUGAGAAACGAAAUGGAAGCAAAAUGGAAACAAUAAAAAGCGUCAUCAGUCAGAUUGUAGAAACGCAACUUGUCAUUUCAGACUUGAACAUUUCCAAACAAAUGAAAACGGCUAAAGUGAUUCCAUUAUUUUUCUUCUUUUUUUUUUUAAAUGGAGAAACAUCAAUUGACAAAUUACUAUAAAACUAAUAAAUCUAUUCAUUGGGUUCACUAUUUCAAAAGGUUUAUCUUUUUAAGUGUGCAGGAGUAGGAGGUGCACCACUCUGCAAAGUUUUGCAACCACUGCUGUAGACCAUUAUCUAUCUAUCUAUCUAUCUAUCUAUCUAUCUAUCUAUCUAUCUAUCUAUCUAUCUAUCUCCUUUGUGCCAUCUCCUGUCAUGGUCAUGGCUAGCAAACUAGCUAACCGCCAAUAAACAAUAGAAGUUUUCUCCCCAACAAAAUCCACAAUGUCGACAAAACAUUCAGCACCCAAAAGGCAGGGGAAGGCGGAGGAGCUCCAGGGAAAAAUACACGGCCAGAGGAGUGAAACAUCAGUGAGUCACCUCAUGGUUUCUUCUGUCCUACCUCGUAGGUUCAUUUUGACAAUGUUGAAACGAGACAGAAAUGUGAGAAAAUGUUAUUGGCUGUCAGAGGACAGUGUAUGGUGGGGGGCUUUCACAGCCUUAAAACAUCAUUGGUAACAAAUUAAGUUGGCUACUUGGCAGAUUUCACGAAAAGGCUGCAAUUUUUAGAGAAUAAAGUCGGAAUAUUAUGGGGGGAAAAUGAUCUCACAGUUGAAAUACAGUCAAACCUGUCUCAGCG